UACUAAAUAAACUUAUCUCUAUAAAGACCCGUCUCUCAUAACCUUCAACAAAUCACAUUUCUAGUUCUCUUUCCUUGAAUCUGAUUUUCUCCAAUAAUAUAAAUAGUUAGCUCUUUGUGUACUCCUCAUCGAUCGUAGUACCAAAAACUACAUACUCAAAAUCAACGAUGGCGUUUCCAGCGUGUAUUCAGUGCGGAACGAGGCAAAACCCUUGUCGGUGCAAGGUGGUCGGACCAACACUAGGGUUCGUGGCUUUUCUGAUAACCGGAAUCAUCGAGUGGCCAGUUGGUGCGGUAGUUUAUAUCUUCAAACACGCCAAGGGUCGCCGUAUCAUGGGUCACCCAGCCAGACAUGUCUACCCCAAAGUCUCUAGAUCUAUUCCCAUUUGACUUUCUCAUCGUUAUCAUGGUUUUUUAUAUAUUUGCUUGACAACUAAAUGCUUUUUACUUUCUUUCUCUUCUUUUAUGUUCCUUAAUAAGAUAUAUAUGAUCACAUAAGUCAAGAAUUAGUAACCGUUGUAUAAUAAUGACCAAAAUAUUAAUUAUAUAUGUUAUGUGUUUGAUUCGAGCCUUUUCAUGUCUUAUUUGAUUUACUUUGAUGUGUACUUUUCUUUUUGUUUGUUCUUUGCAAUAUAAUGUAUACUCUCGUGUGCAAGGUAAUAAAAUUUUAUAAUGGACCCAA